AUGAUUAUGACCGAAGUACUCUGUACAGAGCAGAGAGUCUGGCUCGAAUUCGAUCCAGUUGCCUCAUUUCAGGGCGGUGGAUAUAAUUCACCGCCUGCCAAAGGGGAGAGCCGAUGGGCAUGGUGUAGUGCUAAACAGGCGUGUGAACUUACUCGUGCAGUGCCCGUUUCAUUCGGAAACGGUAACGAAGGUUUGGCUCAGAACGACUCAGUAAUCAAUUUCUUGGCAAUUCUCGUUAGAAACGUGCGACCAGACUCGCGGCUUCAAUGUCAGUCUGCUCGAGAAGCCGAAACAGGAGGGAAUGACAGCGACCGGCCCGAGGAUGUCCGUGAGACCCACGCCGUCAGAUUAAGCGUAAGCCGUUCUCAAAAGCCUGUAGUUGGGCUAGCUCAGGAGAUAGGCCGUAGUACAAUAUUGUUGAAGCGGAAAAGCCCAUGUGAGACAAUGAGACAGCUUGCCGAGACCGCAUCAGCUAACAUCCUCAGAGCAAGACUGAGAGGUACUGCUUGUCUCACGUCGAUGCUUGAGCUGACAGCCUACUUGCCACAUGCUCAUCCAGCACCCCUUGCUUCCAAGUUUCCCGUUGAUGACUAGCUUGGAACCAAUUUUCCACGAGGCACAUCCAAAUUGCACUUUUUCAGACUUGGACUGAAACCUAAUGCCAAUUCCGGUGACCGUGGAAUGAUGGCUGACAAACAUGACGCGCCUUCCGCCCAAAAGCUAACGAGUCGACGGAUGCUUGCAUGGCGAGGAGAAGUAGCGAGCUAAACAGGGCCUCUCUUAUGUCCCCAAAAGUCCGCCAUGUCUAAGACAGCCGUACCCGAAGCUCCAAGCUCUGCUGGUACUGGUCUC